GCGCCUGCAGGUGGUCCAGUACUGCCAGGUCAUUCUGCCCACACAUCAAGCAUCUCCUCAUCUACAGUUCCUCCACCGCCACCUCAGCCCCAGCCCCCCCCACUUCCACCACCGCCUCCACCGCCGCCUCAACCUCCGCCUCCUUCACAAACCUCAUUACAUACCAACUCUGCAUCUUCGGGCCCCACUUGCCCCCUUGCUCCAGCCCCGGGCGUAACCUUGCCCAGCCAAACGGCCCCGCCUAAUCUUGGCCUCUCCCUACCAACCAGUCAGAUUGGCCAAUCACCGCUUGCACUGCCACAGUCCCACCAGCAGCAAUUGCAGCAGCAGCAGCAGCCGAUAGGCCAGCCUAUUCCGCCCAACCGAAUUACUGUACUUCGCGGGCACGAAUCAGAAGUCUUUAUCUGCGCUUGGAAUCCGAGGACAGACCUUCUAGCUUCUGGGUAG